AUGGCUUUCGGAAAAUUCUUCAAUACUAUCACGCGGACUCUCAUUUUACCCCAAAUUAAAUCAUCAAGUCCAUUGUUACAAAAUCGUUACAUAAAUUCCCACUUGCGACUUUACAGCUCUGAUAAAAGUAAGGACAAGGGUGGCAAAAAGCCGAAUAAUCGAGGAAACAAAUCCUUUCGGCACAACUACUCUGAGGAGGUUGAGGCUGCAGUCAAUCACCAAAUUUUAUCGGAGCUGAACGCUAGUAUGGUCUACCUUUCCAUGUUUUGUUACUAUGGGCGAACUGACAUAGCCUUGCCUGGAUGCCAGUCUUACUUUAGGGCAAUGUAUCAGGAAGAACAAGACCAUGCGCUUGAAUUUAUCCAGUAUCAGUUGAUGAGGGGGGGCCAGGUCACACUUUUCCCGAUUACGGUGCCUGAGGACGGUAAUUGGACUGAUAUAACUAUAGCAAUAGGGGUCGCCCUUGGUCUGGAGCGGAGGGUUAAAGAACAACUGGAGGAGCUCUCGAAACUUGCCGAGUGUCACAACGACAAGCAAUUGGUCGAUUUGGUGGAUUCGAAGUUUAUGAAAGAGCAAAACGAGUCAAUUUGUGAGCUGGGGCGCCUUCUGACCAAGGCCAAGAGACUGGUGGACACUGGCGGCGUCGGGAGACACCUCUUCGACCAAGAAAUUCUCAAAUUUGUGGCCAAAAGGCACCCUCAUGUUCAACUCCCUUUCGAUAAUAUAUAAAAAAAAAACCGGUGGUAAUUGA